AGAGUUUCGUCUGACUUGUCGCUAAAAUCAUACGAAGCUUUAAACAACUGGCCUAAAUCUGCACAAAUGUAGGUAUUUACCACACAUAGUAUCGGUCAUGUUUGGAUAUGGUGGACAGGCUGCUAAAUGCCCCAGUGCAAAAAGCUGACUUAAAAGAACAGAGUGUGAAGAAUAAAUAGAUGCAUUUGAGCCCCUCCCAACACACACUAAGCCCAGCUAGCCUUAUAUAAAUGAUGAUUGUUUAGGAGAAGAUGUGUUGUCAAAUAUACUGUACUCGUACUUCUAUACUUAAUAUAUGUCAGGAUAUUAAAACCACCAAUAACUUUUGCCACCUUUUAAGAGAAUGUAUUAUUAUUAUUAUUAUUAUUAUUAUUAUUAUUAUAUUAGUUAGUAGAUGUCUGCCAUUUUGGAUUCUGUAAUAUUCUCAUUAUAUUUCUGCACUGUUACACCGCAUUAUAUUGAUGGUAUGGCAUAAGGAAGUUUUACAAACAUAUGUUGUGUUGGAACAUUCUUGCAAAGCUGCAUUAUGUUUAUGCUUUGUUUCCUAUGACAUCAUAGCCUGGCAAAUGCAGGGAAAUGUGUUCCCACUUACUGAUUGGGUGGUUGCCAGAACUGCAACCCCGGCCAUUUUCAGGCUGUAGUAGAAACAUGACUGGCAUGAUCUUAAAAGGGCGGAUUGACACUAGGAAUGUAUCUUUCUCCGUCACAGAUAAACAUGAAGCAAUCUUAGUGAAUCAGUUCACUCCCCAUUCUUUCUCUGUCACAGAUGAACAUGAAGCAAACUUACUGAAUCUAUUCACCCAUUCACUCCCACACUCACACCAAUGGGUAAUUUAGUGUCUCCAAUCAGCCUACUUGCAUGUUUUUGGACUGUCGGAGGAAAUCGGAGUACGUGGAGGAAACCCACACAGACACGGUGAGAACAUGCAAACUCCACUCAGAAAGGCCCAAGCCAAGAUCCUUGCUGUGAGGCGAUAGUGCUACCCAGUGCACCACCGUGCCACCCUAUAAGACAUUAGCAUUUUGCUUUUUUAAGUAGCCUAUGUUCACCUACUGUGCCUGACAAAUUUAAAAUAAAAAGGCAAAGUCCAUUUGAUUUGAACAGAUCUUUCCUUUUUACAGUGAAAAAGUAUGGACUUCUGUCCCUCCACCCCGCACCCUGCGAGUAAGAACCAAUCAACUGAAGAGAUUGUAAAAUCAAGCCCUAAUUACUCUAAAUCCUAAACGGACUCCAGGUCAGUGCAUACAUAUGAUCAUAAGGCAUACUCCGAACGAGUUGGCAGAAACACAGUGAACUGUGAGGUGAAUUAUUUUUUUCCCAUCCGCAUUCUGACAAACCUGCUCAACUGGAACCAAAAUGCACUCCUCCCACAAUGUCGGCAAAGCGUUUAAACAAACAAAAUUGAAACUAUCAUUAUUUAUAUCAUCAGCUGAAAGACGAUCAACCUCAACUACACAUCGGACAGAGGAAACUGGACAAAGAGAGGGACUGACAUGGCAGCAGUGACCUCUCAUCAUGGGGAGGAGCACCGUCUCUCAGAGCUGAGGAUUGUGCUGCUGGGAGGGAGACUGAGUGGGAAGAGUUCAGCAGGAAACACCAUCUUGGGCAGAGAGGAGUUUGAGUCUGGAAUAAGAACUGCACAGUGUGUGAAGAGACAGGGUGAAGUAGCUGGGAGACAGGUCACUGUGGUCGACACACCAGGCUGGUGGAUGACAUAUUCUGUGAAGGACACCACAGAGCUGGAUAAACAGGAGAUUGUGCGCAGUAUGUCUCUGUGUCCCCCGGGACCCUGCGCACUCUUCCUGGUCAUUAAUGUGAGCUCAGCAUUCAGAGAGGAACACAGGAGAUCAGCGGUGGAACACCUGGUGCUUCUCAGUGAGAGAGUCUGGAGACACACUAUAGUGCUGUUCACCUGGGGAGACUGGUUGGGAGACACAACCAUUGAGCAGCACAUUGAGACUGAAGGGAGGGCCCUCCAAGAGCUCAUAGAGAAAUGUGGGAACAGGUAUCAUGUUCUCAACAAUAAGAACAGGACUGAUGGGACUCAGGUCACAGAGCUGCUGGAGAAGAUAAAGGAGAUGAUGGCAGGGCAUGGAGGCUCUCACUAUGAAGUAGAUAGAAUGCUCUUACAGGAGGUGGAGGAGAAGAGGAAGCAAGUGAAAAAACGAGUGAAACAGAGGAUGACGAUGGUUCAGAAAGAGAGAAAGACUCUCAGAGCACUUUUUGAGGGGGAGGAGCACCGUCUCUCAGAGCUGAGGAUUGUACUGCUGGGGGGGAGACGGAGUGGGAAGAGUUCAGCAGGAAACACCAUCCUGGGCAGAGUGGAGUUUGACUCUGGAAUAAGAACUGCACAGUGUGUGAAGAGACAGGGUGAAGUAGCAGGGAGACAGGUCACUGUGGUCGACACACCAGGCUGGUGGAUGACAUUAUUUGCGAAGUACACUGUAAAGCUGGAUAAACAGGAGAUUGUGCACAGUGUGUCUCUGUGUCUCCCGGGACCCUGCGCUCUCUUCCUGGUCAUUGAUGUGAGCUCAGCGUUCAGAGAUACAUUCAGAAGAUCAGCGGUGGAACACCUGAAGCUUCUCGGUGAAAGAGUCUGGAGACACACUAUAGUGCUGUUCACCAGGGGAGACUGGCUGGGAGACACAACCAUUGAGCAUCGCAUUGAGACUGAAGGGAGGGCCCUCCAAGAGCUCAUAGAGAAAUGUGGGAACAGGUAUCAUGUUCUCAACAAUGAGAACAGGGCUGAUGGGACUCAGGUCACAGAGCUGCUGGAGAAGAUAGAGGAGAUGAUGGCAGGGCAUGGAGGCUCUCACUAUGAAAUAGAUAGAAUGCUCUUACAGGAGGUGGAAGAGAAGAGGAGGGCAGUGGAUGAACGAGUGAACCAGAGGAUGAUGAAGGUUCAGAAGCAGAGAAAUGCUCUCCGAGCACUUUUUAAGGUUUACAUGCUGCCCUGUGGAGCUGCCAGCACAGCCUGCACUGCACAGUCAGGAGAGCAGCUCAUCUCAGAGCUGAAUGAGCACCGUCUCUCAGAGCUGAGGAUUGUGCUGCUGGGGGGGGCAUGGAGUGGGAAGAGUUCAGCAGGAAACACCAUCCUGGGUAGAGAGGAAUUUGAGUCUGGAAUAAGAACUGCACAGUGUGUGAUGAGACAGGGUGAAGUGGCUGGGAGACAGGUCACUGUGGUCGACACACCAGGCUGGUGGAAGAAUUAUUCUGUGAAGGACACUGCAGAGCUGGAUAAACAGGAGAUUGUGCGCAGUGUGUCUCUGUGUCCCCCGGGACCCUGCGCUCUCUUCCUGGUCAUUAAUGUGAGCAUAGCCUUCAGAGAUGCAGAGAAGAGAUCAGCGGUGGAACACUUGGAGCUUCUCAGUGAGAUAGUCUGGAGACACACUAUAGUGCUGUUCACCAGGGGAGACUGGUUGGGAGACACAACCAUUGAGCAGCGCAUUGAGACUGAAGGGAGGGCCCUCCAAGAGCUCAUAGAGAAAUGUGGGAACAGGUAUCAUGUUCUCAACAAUAAGAACAGGGCUGAUGGGACUCAGGUCACAGAGCUGCUGGAGAAGAUAGAGGAGAUGAUGACAGGGCAUGGAGGCUCUCUCUAUGAAAUAGAUAGAAUGCUUUUACAGGAGGCGGAAGAGAAGAGGAGGGCAGUGGAAGAACGAGUGAACCAGAGGAUGAUGAAGGUUCAGAAGCAGAGAAAAACUCUCAGAUCACUUUUUGAGGAUAGGUUUUUUUCAUUUAUUGAGAUUACUUUUAGAGGAACUACAGUGGAAUAUUAA